UUGUAGUAGUAGGGAGAGUGAGGAAGAGUUAGUUUGUAUGUGUGUGUGACGUCAGAGCGAGUACCUUGUCACAUUUUGUCCCAAUGUAUAUUUUUUCAUUGGAGAUAUGACAGAGCCGAGAAAGAACAGUAGUGAUACUGUCGAAGAUGUUUGCUUGCUCGACUCUACAGAAUUCAACCAAGAAGACUCUGCUCUCCUACAAGAUGACAAGGUGUUUGAGGACACGGGCAGUGAAUUACCACUGCUUCUCCCGUCUGAAACAACAAACGCAGAAGAUGAGCAAAACAAUACCACAGAUACAUACGUGAAAUUUAACUUAGGAGAAGAAGCUGGGCAAGGAGAUGGAGUUGGAGGAGGAGGAGAAGGCCAAGGUGAAAAUGACUUGACAGCGAAUUGCAACUUUGUUCCCACCACAAAAUGCAGUUCUCAGUAUGCCACAGUUGACUCGACUGAUAGCGUUCGGUUUGCAGAACACACAACAGUAUUUACAGUUCCACGCGUGAAAUCACGACCAAAGAAAAGUACUCCAAGUAAAGAAAACUCCAAACUGCUUAAAUACACUGUGGCCACACUCUUCAUAUUGAUUCUUGCUGGUUUCAUAUCUGUAAGAGUUCUUCAUGCAAGACAAACCAAUGCUAUUUUGGUUGGCAGACUUAUCCAUUUCUCUGAAGCUGAACGGAAAGUACAACUGUUGAAUAAAUUUAAAGGAAUAACUCUAACUGGAUGGUUAGGAAUCAACCUCACAUCUAGCUUUCAUUUUUGUCAACCGAAGAUUAAAGAACAAAGCAUUCAAGAAUUAUGUUACCAAAGUCAGCGCUCUACCAAGCUACAAAUACUUCAUGAAGAAAAAGGCGGUCUGUAUUGCUAUUCUAUAAAUUGGGAAAUUUCACAGGUAGAAGAGUUCCUUGAUUGUUACCAGAUAAAAUCUUCUAAUUGGUAUGGAAUGAACAUUGGUUCAAGGCAAUCAUGGCCACUGAAGAAUUUUUCUACUGAUCAUAUUCCAUUUUCAACAGAAUCAUCAGAUAUAUUGGGUUCUGUAUUAGAACCACUUUGGAUUAGUUCUGAUGGUGUUGGAAUCUUUGUAAAUGACUCACAUCCUUUUGAAAUUAGCUGGAAUUCUUCUGAUGAUGGAUUAUUUUGUCUUCUGCCAGACCUAAGACAGCCAUAUCCCGACCAACAACUCCACUAUUAUCUGUGUCAAGGUAAUGAUAUCAGAGAUACUUAUGUCAACAUGAAAAAGAUAUUUUUACCUGUGAACCAAAAUGAACUAGCAAAGAACAAUAAACUUUUAAAAACAAUGAUCUGGUCUUUUGAAGAAAAUUCCAGGAAUAUUUCUAUACAAAGUGCCAUCCUUAAUUUCAUUAAUAGUAAAUAUACUCACACUUAUAAUGAUACUUACAUCGAAUUGAAUAACAAUUGGCAACAAAGUCAGGGAGAUUUCACUUUUGAUGCCAAACAGUUCCCAAAUAUCUCUGAAUUCCUUCGUCAAGUUGAUUGUCAUAAUAUUGGUAUUAUAUAUCCAAUAAGUCCUUAUUUCCAUUUCACUUCCAAAGAAUUCAAUGUUGGAAUGAUGUCAGGAUAUUUUAUAAGGGAUGAUUUGAGUGACGUUACAAAACUUGUCAAAUGGCAAAAUAAACAGAUGGCUAUUAUAGAUGUUUCCAACCCAAAUGCUUCAAAAUGGUAUUUGGACAAAUUGCUCCACCUUUCUACAAAGCCAGAAUUCGGAGGAUUCCGUAAUUUAGCAAUUGGACAGAGCUACAUUCCAAAGAACAUUCGCUUUUAUAACACAAGUUACACUAUAAAAGAUUACGUUGAUAAAAUGGCGUCAUUCUACAAAAACAGUUCAGAAAUAUUUUAUUACGAUUCCAAAUUAAACAAACAUAAACUAUUAGUGAUCAAUGUUAAAUCUAUGUUUGUGUCAAGAGGCAAGUAUACCUGUAUUAAUAAUGUCAUUGAUCAGGCACUAACUGUUAGUAUGUUAGGCUAUCCGUACAUAACUCUUUCCCCUGUAAAAUUUCCCAAUAUUACUCAAGAACUGUACAUGAGAUAUAUCACCUUGGCUUCUUUUAUGCCAGUUGUCCGUUUAUCAUACAGCAGGUACUUAUAUAAUCACACAACUUCAUUACAUUUACAAAGCCUUAUCACUCUCCAUCGAAAAUUAGUGUACAAAACUGUUGAAGGCCUUUCUUCAGACAUCAAAGCAGGCCUUCCAAUUAUUCGCCCCCUUUGGUGGGUCAACCCUAAUGAUAAAACAACUCUCAACAUCUCAGACCAAUUUCUUAUUGGCAAUAAGUUAAUGGUUGCCCCCAAUUUAUGUGAUAGCAUCAAAAAGCGUGAUAUAUACAUUCCAGCUGGAAGAUGGAAAGAUCUUCAGUCUGAAGUAGAAAUUCAGGGCAAAACUUGGUUAUAUAAUUAUCCAACUGAAACAAAUUUUGUUGCAAUAUUUCAGCUCCUUUAAAAAAAAGGGGUUUGGCAGGAAGAGUAAAAAAAAAAAACUGACUAAAUACAAUACAAUAUUUAGUUACAUUUCCUCUGUGUUGUGAGCUCCAAUCCAGCCAAAUCUGAUUUCAUCUUUCAUUAAAUUUCUGUUCAAGUCCCUGCCAAAAACAAAAGAACAAAAUGAAAUAAUAAUAAUAUUGAUAAACACCAGUAAUACUCUGGACUUGGAUCAUCCAUCCCUUCCCUAUCUUAAAAAGUUGAAAUAUAUGACAAUAAGGACUAUUACUAUUACUGUUGUCACUACUACUACUACCAGCACCAGCACCACCACUACUACUACUACUACCACACCCACAACAACAACAACAACAACUACUACUACUACAAGGAACCAUUUCCAUUCCUCAGUGGCAGCUAGAUAACUAUCAAUGCAAUGAAAUUCUUUCACAGAAUAUUCUGGUAUGAAAUCCAAAAAAGAAAAAGCAAACUACAAGAAAAGAUAUUAGUUGGUACAGCCAAAAAAAAAAAAGAGAGAUAUUUUUUAAAAUUAUGAAUGAGGGUAUAUUAUGUCAUCCUUAAAGCAAGCAGACUUAUGAUCAGGGGCACUUCACCUGUAACCAUCGUAUCUUGUGUAUCUAAAACUUCUUAUCUAGUGUGUCCUUAUUUGUUAUAAGAUGCUAAGGUAUGAUUU